AAGAAAAAAAACACGUUCCCGCGUUUGCCUUUGCUCGUCACAAAGACGGUUGCCAGUCGCCAUAUUCGUUCGAUUGUCCUUGUCAUUUGUCAUUCCGACUCAUUCGCCAUUCGGUCGUUGCUCACGUUGCUGUCCCGCUUCCGGUAUCCCAUUAAAAUUGGCUUACCAAUUCGUUUAAAUCUUAACAUUUAUCCGUGCCCAUAUACCGUAGCCAACAUGCCCAGCCCGAUAAAGAAAGCACGCAAAUGCAACGAAGAAAACGUUUUGGCUUUCUCCAAACUCAGUGAACACGGUUUCCAACCCACCAAGGGUAGCGAACACGCGGCCGGUUACGACUUGAGGAGUGCCUAUUCAUAUGUUGUGAAAGCCCAUGGAAAAGAGCUGAUCAAAACUGACAUCCAAAUUAAAGUGCCUCAAGGUACCUAUGGCCGUGUUGCCCCACGUUCAGGUCUUGCUUGGAAAAAUUUCAUCGAUGUUGGUGCCGGUGUGAUUGACAGUGAUUAUAGAGGAAACGUUGGCGUAAUACUAUACAACCAUUCUGAUGAUGACUUCAUAGUAAAUAAAGGCGAUAGAGUUGCACAACUUAUCUGCGAGAAGAUAGUCUACCCAGAAGUAGUAGAGUUUAAGACAUUGGAUGAGACUGAUCGAGGUGAAGGUGGUUUUGGAUCUACUGGCACUAAUUAAAAUGUCCAUUGUUCAAGUUCUGUAUUCUUUGGUGGAUUGAUUUUUAUCAAAAUAUUGUGAUACCUAAUUAUAAUUCAUCUCUUUUUUUUUU